UAGGGGGGGCUUUGCCCGAAACAUUGAAAGGGCCACAUUCUCAACAACCAAUGAUUACACAAUUUUAAAAUUCUAACCAGCCAAAAAUUUCGAAAGCGCCAUCUGAUAGGAGAAGAAAUAUUUCUGGCUAGCAACGCCGAUUGCACGAUGGUGUUAAUUUCUACGGUGUUCCGAAGAAGGUCUAUAUCGCCGAAAUCAAAGCUUAAUGUAAAUGACUUUACGAGCCAUUGAAAUAAAAUUUGCAGAAGACGUUAAGAAAUGCCAUAUUAAGAUGAAAAACCGUUACGACGACAUACUAUGUAUAUUUAAAUUUUGAUAAAUAUUACGACUGUACAGAUUAAGCUCGUCACCCCGUUAUAGAGGCAUGCUGAAGCAAAAUGACGGAAUUUGUGGAAGGUUGGAUUUUAGGACACACAUUAGGAGAAGGUGCUUAUGGCGAAGUUAAGUUAGUUAUAAAUAAGACUACGGGCGAAGCUGUUGCUAUGAAAAUGAUAGAUGUACAAAGACAUCCAGAUGCUCGACAAUGUGUGAGAAAAGAAACUACUAUUCAUAGAAUGUUGUCAAAUCCUAAUAUUAUACAGUUUUUUGGAAAGCGCAGCGAACCAACCAUGGAAUAUAUAUUUUUAGAGUAUGCUUCUGGCGGAGAACUUUAUGAUAGAAUUGAACCUGACAUUGGUAUGCCGACCUAUGAAGCUCAGAGAUAUUUUAAACAAUUAAUUAAUGCAGUUGAAUAUCUACAUAGUCGAGGAGUUGCGCAUAGAGAUCUCAAACCAGAAAAUUUAUUAUUAGAUGAUAAUGAUAAUUUAAAGAUUACCGAUUUUGGAUUAGCAACCAUUUAUCGUGUACAAGGAAAAGAACGUACUUUAGAAAAAAAAUGUGGAACAUUACCGUAUGUGGCACCAGAAGUUCUUGUGCAAGCUUAUUAUGCUGAACCUGCUGAUAUUUGGUCUUGUGGUAUAAUUCUGGUGUCCUUACUUUGUGGAGAACUGCCUUGGGAUCAAUCCUUGGCAGAAUGCCCAGAGUAUAUGGCAUGGAGGAAUGGAAAAUACAUGUCACUUACACCAUGGAAAAAAUUGGAUAACUUAGAAUUAUCUUUAAUCAAAAAAAUCCUUGCACACGUACCAUCUACUAGAUAUACAAUAAAAGAGAUUAAAAAUCAUCGAUGGUUUCUUUUGCAACUGGAAAAAGAUGAUUUAAGUAGUAGAUAUAGUGUGCCUGCUAGGAACUGUACUCAAACAGAUGGAGAAAAUCCAUCAAGAUCUUGUUUAUCACAACCUGACUUAGUUGGGGAGGAAAAUGUUAAUAUUGGGAAUAUGAGAUUAGAUGAAAGAUCAGGUUUCUCAUUUUCUCAACCUGCUCACAUUGAAGAUUUGCUACUUUGUACUCAACCAAUGCAAUGUACUGCGCAUGCAAGUCAACAAACACCUUUCCAACAACUCGUAAGACGUAUGACUAGAUUUUUUGUGACAACAGACUUCGAAAUGACAGUAAAGAGAUUAUUGAAUUGUUUACAAUAUGAGAGUUAUACUUAUCGUAUUAACGAUUUUCGCAUUAUUACUAUAUCAACCGUAGACAAAAGAAAUAUGCCUUUAGUGUUCAAAGCGAACGUUGUUGAAAUGGAUAAUAAAUUAUUGGUAGAUUUCAGAUUGUCAAAAGGUUGUGGUAUUGAGUUUAAAAAAAAGUUUGUUAAAUUUAAAUCUCUCCUCACUGAUAUUAUUUUAAAAGUUCCUGUUACAUGACAUGUGUUACCUAUGUGUAUGGAAAUCAUGACUAGAUAAGAUUUUUUGUGUCUAUUAACAAUGGAAUUUAAUGAUUAUGUUCUUAUAUAUAUUUUUUUUAUAAAAUACUUAUAUGAAGUUA